AUGAGAUCAGCUGCUCUUAAGACUGCCGUUCCAGACUAUAUUUUCUGCUUAAGUUAUCAUUUGAAGGGUUUUGGUGUCAAACUGAAAGCAGAGCCGACUGUCAGCAUUUCAAUCCGGUUGCUGGGCUUAGCGGAGAGAAUUAUGUCAACUAAUGGAGACUCAGUCGACAACGUAGGACGACAGAGUGAUUCUCCUGCUGUUAGUUCAUCUUCAAGAUCUGCACUCAAUAGUGAAGAUUUUGAUGAUCUUGAUGGAGAUCCAACAUUAGCAACAAAGCUGUUUGUCAGUUCAAAUCGUUUGGCGAGAUUAGCGGACAGAAUUCAGUGGACUGCUCGAGACUUAAUAGACAAUUCUACCGCUGAUGGUUCAUCACCAACAUCUGCCCUCAAGAGUGCAGAUUUUGAUGGUUUUGAUGAAGAUCUGGGUUCAGUGAGAACGCAGAUUCUCCACUUUUCAGGCGUGUUGGGGAGAUUGGCAGAGGAAAUUAUGUCAGCUGAAGACUACGCAACUGUUGGUUCAUCAUCAACAUCUGCACUCGAGAGUGUAAUGGCUUCAGAGCAGUUUCUCCAGAUUUCGGACGAGUUGGAGAGAUUAGCGGAUGGAAUUAUGUCAACUGCUAAAGGCUCAGUUGACAACGUAGGACGACUGAAUGAUUCUCCGGCUGUUGCAACAGAGCUGACCGACAGCUUGGGGAGAUUAGUGGAGAGAAUUAAGUCAAGUGCUGAAGAUUCAGUUAAGAACAUAGGACGACUGAGCGAUUCUCCAGCUGUUGGUUCAUCAUCAAGAUCUGCACUCAAGAGUGAAGAUUUUGAUGGUUUUGAUCAAGCUGUAGCAAUAGAGUUGACUGUCAGCAUUUCAAACCGGUUGGGGAGAUUGGCGGAGAGAAUUAAGUGGACUGAUGUUGGUUCAUCAUCAAGAUCUUCACCCACAAGAAAGGACGUCGUGGUUGGUUUUGAUGAAGAUAGGUUGCAGAUAAUGUCAUGGCUUACAAGCUAUUCAUCCGAGCUGCAAGUCCUCCCUAUUGUGGGAAUGGGAGGCAUUGAUUACAAUGUAGAAAUUAUUCUUUCAAAUCUGCUUGCUUCGAUGAAAGGAAAGGGAAUCCAAGCAGAGAGUGAUUUACAAUGCAAGGUUAAGGAGUCUGAAAUAUACAAAUACCUAAAAGGUAGGAGGUAUCUCAUAGUAGUGGACGACAUUUGGAGUAUGGAAGCUUGGGAUCACAUACAGAGGCUAUUACCUGAUGAUAAUAAUGGAAGCCGAAUCAUAUUAACCACAAGGCUAAAGAAUGUAGCUGCUUAUGCUAACUCUGCGAGCCCCAUUCAUAUGUUGCGUUUCUUGGAUGACCAACAAAGUUGGCGUUUGUUCCAGAAGAAGGUCUUCGGAGAUCAAGAUUGUCCUGUUGAGCUGCAAGAUAUUGGGAAAAAAUAUGUAAAACGUUGUGAAGGACUGCCCCUUUCAAUUGUUACUGUGGCAGGACUUUUAUCCAAGAUUGAUAGAACUCCAAAGUUGUGGAAGCGAAUUGGGGCAAAUGAUGGACAGUUGGAAACUAUAUUAUUAUCUUUGAGUUACAAACACUUGCCUCGACAUUUGAGGGAGUGUUUCUUGUAUAUGGCAGGCUUCCCUGAAGAUUAUGAGAUCCGUGUCUCAGAACUCAUCAAACUUUGGGUAGCUGAGGGCUUUUUGGAAGGUCGAGAUGAAUCUAAAACGUUGGAAGAGGUGGCGGAAGAUGUUUUGGAGGUGCUGGUCGAGCAAAGUCUAGUUUUGGUUACUAGCAAGAAGAGUGAUGGCAAAAUCAAAAGGUGCAAGCUUCAUAACGUGGUUCGGGAUUUUUGUUCAAGACAGGCUGGGGAAGAGAAGUUCCUUCUACCUAUCAUGGAUUACUUUCCUAAUCCUAUCACUCUACGCAUAGCUCAUGCACCUGUUCUAUUAUAUGUAUUUCACAGAGGGGGUAUAGGCCCAAAGGCUCUAUAG